AUGUCUUCGGUCGCGGUCUCCAGCCAUCGGCUGAGUUCCUUUAAGUUUGGCACAGGGAGCUGGGACCCGGAUCACCGCUUCGAGACGUCAUGGCUAUUCCCGCCGUAUGUGCUAUUUGCACUACGUUUAUUAAUGUCUCUUUAUGCUUUCACAACCCUGCUCUUCAACAUCGGCUACCAAUGCGCCAACCUCGACUUAGGCGGGUGUGAGGCCUCGCGCGCCGAGUUCUCAUUCUUUACGGUGCUAACAUACUGGGGUCUGGCCUUCUACAUGCUCGUAGCCUCCAUCCACACCUUCACUUACGCGCGGUACUCCCUCCCGCUUCUCGACCGCUUCCCGCGGCCGCUGCAGGCCCUGCACGCGCUGUACUACAGCACCGUGACGACCUUCCCCUUCUUAGUCACCAUCGUGUACUGGGGCGUGCUGUACACCUAUGGAUCCGCCUGGUUCCCCACCGUCUACGGUGCCUGGUCCAACGUCAGCCAGCACGCACUGAACAGCCUCUUCGCGCUCUUCGAGAUCUUCCUGACCCGCGCCGACACGCAGCCCUGGAUCCACGCGCUCUGGCUCAUCGUCCUGAUGGCCCUGUACCUCGCCCUCGCGUACGUGACGAGAGCUACCAAGGGAUUCUACGUCUACCCGUUCCUCGACCCGGGCAAGACCGGGUCGCUGGUCGCCGCGUACGUCUUUGGCAUCGGCGCCGCUACGCUUGUGAUCUUUGCUAUUUCCAAGGGCGCUGUUUGGCUGCGUCGCUGGCUUACGGAGGAGAAGCUCGGGCGGCGGGGCAAGUUUGCUAAGUUUCCGCCCGGAAACCUUCAGGAGCUCGAGUUGGGCGAAAUUAACGGGGCCGGAAUUAAGUAA